AUGCUCUUCGUCGACAAGCACCGCCCAAAGACGCUCAACGAGCUCCACUACCAUCCCGACCUCUCCCAGCGCCUCACCUCGCUCGCAGAACACGAAGACUUCCCCCACCUCCUCUUCUACGGCCCCUCUGGCGCAGGAAAAAAGACUCGCAUCACCGCACUCCUCCGUCAGCUCUACGGCCCGGGCACCUACAAGCUCAAGAUCGACCAGAGAGUCUUUCUCAACCCAUCAAAGAGGAAAAUUGACGUAAACAUCGUCAGCAGCAACUACCACAUUGAACUAACCCCGAGCGAUGCCGGCAACUAUGAUCGCCUCGUCAUCCAGGACAUCCUCAAGGAGAUCGCGCAAACUCAGCAGGUCGAUCUCAACGCAAAGCACCGCUUCAAGGUCGUCGUCAUCAACGAGGCGGAUUCCCUCUCCAGGGACGCCCAGUCCGCCCUCCGAAGGACCAUGGAAAAGUACAUGGGCAACCUCCGCCUCAUUCUCUGCGCCAACAGCACCAGCAAAAUCAUCGCCCCCAUCCGUUCCCGCUGCCUCCUCAUGCGCGUAGGCGCACCAACAGAUCAAGAAAUGACGACCGUGCUUCAGCACGUGGCCAGGAAGGAGAAGUUCACUCUGCCUUCGGACACGGCGGCGGACAUUUGCGCCGAUGCCGCCGGCAACCUGCGCAAAGCCAUCUUGAUCCUCGAAGCGCUGCGUAUGCAGUCGCCCGAGCUCGAUUCGGCCUCGCUGUCGAUUGCGAAGCCAGACUGGGAAGUCUACGCACACAAGACGGCGGACCUGAUCCUGUCCGACCCGUCGCCUGCAAAGCUGCUCGAGGUGCGCGGCAAGCUCUACGAGCUGCUCGUCCACGCCAUCCCCGCCACCGUCAUCAUCAAGACCAUUACCGACAGGCUCGUCGUCCGUCUUGACGAGAGUCUGCGAGCCGCCGUCGUCGAAAAGGCUGCCUUUUACGAGCUGAGAUGCAGGACAGGCUCGAAGGUGAUCUUCCACCUCGAGGCCUUUGUCGCCCAAGUGAUGCACAUGCAAAAGUCCUUUUUGCUCAACAUGGAAUGGGACUAG